GUAUUCAUUCAUCAACAUCUUGUCAAGUUGAAAUUCGUUCCUUGUACUGUUUAUUACUACGCCUCGCUUGGUAUUUUUUCUUUUGUUCCAAAUUACGUAAAGGCUUUACAUUUUCCACGUGGCAUGGCUGUUUAAAUAUUCGGGGUAUUCUAAACUUCAGCUUGAACGUUCUCAAUGACCAUGUCGAGCGCUAAAACCAAGUUUGAUGAAUUAUUUCCUCCUGUUCUGGAGCUAAAUUCUCCGCCUCUUAUAUCCACUAUGCCUGUUGAAAAUCGCCCGACCCCAAGAUAUCUUUUGGGUUGGGUUAUGCCUGUGGUUGAUGCGGCAAACCACUUUGGAAGAGGUGGAGACCAGUAUGAGAGGGACCUCCUUGGUUAUUUUAACCGCGGUGUUCUAUCUCCAAACUGGACUAAGAUAACAGAAAAUUCACCUAUUCUUCAAAAACAUCCUCAGUAUAUAUGUCCACCAAGAGUAAUGCAUUGUCCCAAGGAUGGUGUUCCUCUAGACGAAGACUUCAUGGAUUAUGUCAUAAUUCGCAUUGCACGCAACAGCCCAAGUAAAGGAAUGGCUUUAUAUGAGGAACACAAGGAAGAAAUCAUUGAAGCAGCAAUGAAAACCAUGAACUUUCCUCUGGAGAAGCGAGCUGAACUGAAAUGGUACAGACUCUAAGUAGAACUUUUGACUGGUAUUA